AUGGCUGCUAGAAGUUUGGAGAAGAUGGCUUCCAUUGAUGCUCAGCUCAGGCUUCUUGCUCCUGGGAAAGUUUCUGAAGACGAUAAGCUUAUUGAGUACGAUGCUCUGUUAUUAGAUCGAUUUCUCGAUAUUCUUCAGGAUUUGCAUGGCGAAGAAGUCAGAGAAUUCGUUCAAGAAUGCUACGAGGUUGCUGCUGAUUACGAUGGAAACCGUAACACGGAGAAGUUAGAGGAGCUUGGAAACAUGUUGACAAGUUUGGAUCCAGGGGAUUCGAUUGUAGUAACGAAAUCAUUCUCCAACAUGCUUAGCUUGGCUAAUCUGGCUGAGGAAGUCCAGAUUGCUUACAGGCGUAGGAUUAAGAAGCUUAAGAAAGGCGAUUUUGCCGAUGAAGCCUCUGCAACAACUGAAUCAGACAUUGAAGAGACUCUCAAGAGGCUUUUGCAGCUUAACAAGACUCCUGAAGAGGUCUUUGAUGCUCUUAAGAAUCAGACUGUUGACCUGGUCUUAACCGCUCAUCCAACUCAAUCUGUUCGUCGGUCUUUGCUCCAAAAGUUUGGAAGGAUUCGUGACUGUUUAACGCAGUUGUAUGCAAAGGACAUUACUCCUGAUGAUAAACAAGAACUUGAUGAAGCUCUGCAACGAGAGAUUCAAGCUGCUUUUCGCACUGAUGAAAUCCGAAGAACUCCUCCUACACCUCAAGAUGAAAUGAGAGCGGGUAUGAGCUACUUCCAUGAGACAAUCUGGAAAGGAGUUCCAAAAUUCUUGAGACGUGUUGACACGGCUUUGAAGAACAUUGGAAUCAACGAGCGUGUUCCUUACAAUGCACCUCUCAUUCAAUUCUCUUCCUGGAUGGGCGGAGACCGUGAUGGAAACCCGCGAGUAACUCCUGAAGUUACCAGAGAUGUAUGCUUAUUGGCAAGAAUGAUGGCUGCUAAUCUCUACUUCUCCCAGAUAGAAGAUCUUAUGUUUGAGAUGUCCAUGUGGCGUUGCAAUGAGGAACUUCGUGUUCGUGCAGAACGUCAGAGGUGUGCGAAAAGGGAUGCAAAACACUAUAUAGAAUUUUGGAAACAAAUCCCUUCGAACGAGCCAUACCGAGCUAUUCUCGGAGAUGUGAGGGACAAACUGUACAACACACGUGAGCAUGCACGUCAGUUAUUGUCGAGCGGAGUUUCAGACAUUCCCGAAGAUUCGGUUUUCACAAGCGUGGAUCAGUUUCUGGAGCCCCUUGAGCUUUGUUACAGGUCGCUCUGUGAUUGCGGUGACAGACCUAUUGCUGAUGGAAGCCUUCUCGAUUUCUUGCGCCAAGUGUCUACAUUUGGGCUUGCGCUUGUGAAACUUGAUAUCCGUCAAGAAUCUGACAGACAUACCGAUGUCUUGGACGCUAUCACGCAACACUUGGGUAUUGGAUCUUACAAAGAAUGGUCAGAGGAUAAAAGACAGGAGUGGCUCUUAUCUGAGCUAAGCGGAAAACGUCCUCUCUUUGGACCGGAUCUACCCAAAACCGAAGAAAUUGCGGAUGUAUUGGACACUUUCAAAGUCAUUUCAGAGCUUCCUUCAGAUAGUUUUGGUGCUUAUAUAAUCUCAAUGGCCACUGCUCCGUCAGAUGUGCUCGCUGUUGAGCUCUUGCAACGUGAAUGCAGGAUCGCUCAUCCUCUGAGAGUUGUUCCGCUGUUUGAGAAGCUAGCAGAUUUAGAAUCUGCUCCCGCUUCAGUUGCCCGUCUCUUCUCGAUAGAAUGGUAUAGAAACCGAAUCAACGGUAAGCAAGAAGUCAUGAUUGGGUAUUCCGACUCAGGCAAAGAUGCUGGCCGUUUAUCUGCAGCUUGGCAGUUAUACAAGACUCAAGAAGAGCUCGUGAAGGUUGCGAAAGAAUAUGGAGUCAAGCUGACAAUGUUUCACGGGAGAGGUGGGACUGUGGGGAGAGGAGGUGGACCGACUCAUCUUGCUAUCUUGUCUCAGCCUCCGGAUACCAUUCAUGGGCAAUUGAGGGUAACAGUUCAAGGUGAAGUUAUCGAGCAGUCUUUCGGAGAAGAGCACUUAUGCUUUAGGACUCUUCAGCGUUUCACGGCUGCUACACUCGAGCACGGAAUGCAUCCACCAGUUUCCCCUAAACCUGAGUGGCGAGUACUCAUGGAUGAAAUGGCUGUAAUUGCCACUGAAGAAUACCGUUCUGUUGUCUUCAAGGAGCCCCGUUUUGUCGAGUACUUCCGUCUGGCGACACCGGAGCUUGAGUAUGGAAGGAUGAACAUAGGAAGCCGACCAUCGAAGCGUAAACCGAGCGGAGGAAUUGAAUCACUACGUGCAAUUCCGUGGAUCUUUGCAUGGACUCAGACGAGGUUUCACUUACCGGUGUGGCUAGGCUUUGGUGCCGCAUUCAACCGCGUGAUCCAGAAGGACGGGAAGAAUCUCAACAUGCUCAAAGAGAUGUACAACCAGUGGCCAUUCUUCCGUGUCACAAUUGAUCUAGUCGAAAUGGUUUUCGCCAAAGGAGACCCUGGGAUUGCUGCUCUGUACGACCGCCUCCUCGUCUCUGAAGAACUUCAACCGUUUGGUGAACAGCUUCGAGUUAACUACCUAGAAACCAGACGCCUCCUCCUCCAGGUAGCGGGUCACAAAGACAUUCUAGAAGGCGACCCUUACUUGAGACAGAGGCUGCAGCUACGUGACCCAUACAUUACGACAUUGAACGUGUGCCAAGCCUACACGCUCAAGCAGAUCCGUGACCCGAGCUUCCACGUCAAAGUCCGGCCACACCUGUCCAAGGACUACAUGGAGUCUAGUAAACCCGCUGCUGAGCUCGUUAAGCUGAAUCCAAAGAGCGAGUACGCACCGGGACUUGAAGAUACCGUUAUCCUCACCAUGAAGGGUAUAGCCGCCGGUAUGCAAAACACCGGUUAA